AUGCAGUCGCAAUCGGUUCUUCCAGCGCACGCAUCUCCGUCGAUUUGCGUUGAGCGAGCUCUGCGAACGUACUUUGCGAGCGAACAGUCCGUCCAGGAUGCUGAAGAUCCCGCUCGAUUCCGAGCCCAGAUGCUGCAUCGCGACGACGACAACGUCGACGAUACAAAAGGCAGCAAUGGAGAAGACGACGUCACAGGUGGGAGGGCAGUCCACGAAAUCUUAGUGGGAAUAUCGGGCGCAGCGUAUGUGACGCAGUUGGCGGUGAUCCUGAGUGUGUGGAACGCGACCGGCACGAACCCGCUCUUGUCACUAUCAACAGGGACGGAUCCAGCUGAUGUUCUGGCACUGGCAAUCGAAGGCGUGACGCCGGAGUUCACGAGCAGACAAAGGGUCCUUGCCAUCUCUACCGACGUCAUUCACGAGUUCGUCGCCACGAUUCAGACUGGCGUAGAGGAAGCUACUCUGGCGGUGGUGACGUCACUUGUGGACAGAAUUGGAGGCUCACGUGGACUUUUGACCUUGUUGGGCUUUCAGCAGACCGUAGGGAGCCGCAAGAUACCUCCGCUUACACUCCGUCAAUGUCUUACAGCAUUUACACAGCGCCACACACCAAAGGAGCCGCUAAUGGUCGGUGCACGAGCAUUUAGCAAACACUGUGCGCGAAGUUCGAGUGGCUGGUGGGGUAAGCUCGAGGGAAACGACCAUGCCAAGAACGCUAUUGCGGAGACAAAAGUUCGUAAAAUUUUAGCCUGUGCCACGUGGAAAAACAUUCACAGUCUCCCCCACGCGCAUGCGACGAUGGAAAUCCGCAAUGCAUUGGGGUACGGAGCUCGAUGGGACGCGGAAACGCAUUCAUUCCGAGGCUUCCUUGAGCCACCGAUGGCAAAUGGCCACGAGAUCAAGUGGCGGCAUUAG